GGCGCCAAGAUGGCGAUGGAAAUGAGGCUUCCAAAGGCUCGCAAACCUCUCAGUGAGAGCCUGGGCCGCGACUCUAAGAAACAUUUGGUGGUACCGGGGGAUACGAUCACCACGGACACAGGAUUCAUGCGGGGCCAUGGAACAUACAUGGGGGAAGAGAAGCUCAUUGCGUCUGUGGCCGGCUCCGUGGAGAGGGUGAACAAGCUGAUCUGUGUGAAAGCCUUGAAAACCAGGUACAAUGGAGAAGUAGGAGACAUUGUAGUGGGGAGAAUCACAGAGGUUCAACAGAAGAGGUGGAAGGUGGAAACAAAUUCUAGGCUGGAUUCCGUCUUGCUCCUCUCGUCCAUGAACCUGCCUGGAGGGGAGCUGAGGAGAAGAUCUGCAGAGGAUGAGCUGGCCAUGAGAGGCUUCUUACAGGAAGGAGACCUCAUCAGUGCAGAGGUCCAGGCAGUGUUCUCGGAUGGAGCUGUUUCUCUGCACACAAGGAGCCUGAAAUAUGGAAAGGUAAGUCAGGCUUGGGAGGCUUUCAAGUCUAAAUCCCCAUACAACAAAAGAGCUGUGUCCUUUAAUGAAAUGGCAGCUGUCACCAUGUUCUUGAACAUGUACUUGAAGGAGGAAGAGGUGUUGUGUGUGCUGACCUCCACAGCCUGUUACUGUAAACACUUCGUGCCGGUAGCCCUUAGCGAUCGAGAGGUGAUCUCCCGGCUUCGGAACUGCGUAGUCUUGCUGGUAACUCAGAGAAUGAUGCUGUAUGACACCAGCAUCCUGUACUGCUACGAGGCCUCCCUUGCACAUCAGAUCAAAGAUAUCUUAAAGCCAGAAGUAAUGGAGGAGAUCAUGCUAGAGACGCGCCAGAGGCUUUUGGAACAGGAGGGAUAAGGCCAGGUGCUGAAGGAUGGGACUGUGUGCCUCUUGGCGCAGCCUCUGGAAGGGAAGAGUCUGCUGUGUGAUGGCUUUUGCCCCACAUGUGGCCCAGGGAGGAUCUGACAAAGACAUUACUCACCUGCAGCGGCGCAGCAGAGCCGGGCCUCUUCUCUCCUGUUCUGACACAAAGCCAGGGUGGAAGUGAAUGGUGACUUUGGAUGCUCGGGUCCCUUUCAGAGCAAAGUAUUCUGCCUGAUGAUGUAUCUUGGAGUAAAUUGGAGAAUCCAUGUCUUCCAGUCACAACACACACACUCCAUGAAAACAUGGUGGGCUAGGGAGAUAGCUCAGGUGGAGCAUUUUCCUAACAUGUCCCAGCCCUACCCUACCCCAGACAAAAGAAAACCAAAGAGAAAGAGAAAGACAUGCAGUGCCAGCGAGAGUGGUCUGUUUGACAGCCACUCCAUCUCUAAUGCACAAGUGUGGUUGGAGAAGAGGAGGUAGAGUUAGGCCAGCAGUCAGUCAGAACAAAAUGAACCCGCAGCCUUUGUUGGAAUCUGAUUCCCACUGCGUCCUCUGGUGACAGGUUCAAGGGAUCUGCAUCCUCUACCAGGGCUUCCUACCCCUUGUAUGUGAGCUGUUCCUGUUUGUUUAGCAUCUCGGCUCCUUUAACAUGUCCACCAACAGGAACUGGCCUGGAGGCCUUUCAAAGUGCCUGCGAUAUUCCCUGAGAUAUUGGCAGUUUUCUCCGUAGUGCCUGUCCUGCCUGAGGGUGGUUUGCAAGAAGCCGAGCCAUUGCCAAUAACUGAGAGAAUGAAUGUUCUGGGCCCACAGUGUUUUUUUAUUCUCUAACAGAAAUGGAGUUGUGAAAAGCCAAGCCAUGAUUUCCUUGUGUAAUUGAUGUGGUGAUGUAUUAACUUUGGAACAAUUUAAAGUUAAACAAGAUAUAAGUUCUCAAUA